AUCCUGGAUAUGAACAUUUUAAGAUGGCAGAAAAGUCCCAUGGUAAUUGGAUCAAACUGUAUUUAGAGGGGAAUAAUUCAGAAAUACUCUUAAAUCUUGGCAAAAAGGUCCUGAAGCAAUACUUGGAGGCUCUGAAGACUCUGAGUUCUUCACUAAGCAAACAAGUGGCACAGUAUGAUGUGUAUUCAAUGAUGGUGGGGACUGUGAUCAUUAUGGAGGUUCUGCUGCUGCUUUUGCUCAGUGUUCCAAAAGCCCUGAGCAGCCGGGCAGAAUUUGAAGUGCCCCUCUCCCCUCCAUUGUUCUCGCUGCUGUUUUACUUGAUGUGUCUGAUGCUGUGCGCAGUUCAUGUCAUUGUAUGCACAUCGGCAGAAAGUUUAUGCUAUUUCUGCAGUAUGUCCUGGUUAACAGCAGCUGGAGUGAUGAUGUUGAUUUCUGCACUCAUGUGUGGUAUUUUCUCUGCCAUUGCAAAGAUCUUUGAGAAUUCCAGACUUCCACUGAAGAAUCCAGUUGUGUCCAGUUCCAGCUGGUCAGAAAUAGAUGUGCUGAUUCUGGCUGGAACAAUUGGCCAUGUUUUGAGUUUGGGGGCAAGCAGUUUUAUAGAAGAGGAACAUCAAACCUGGUAUUUUCUUAUCAAUACGCUUUGUUUGGUGCUGUGUCAGGAACUUUGUAGGAAUAAUUUUCUUCUGAAACAAUGUGACCCUCAGCAGAGCACCACGGUGAAACAAAAUUUUGAUAGUAUUGGGGAAGCCUCUGAGUGCAAGAAUAUAGAAAUUCCAGCAGCGGGUAAUUCAAAAUUAGGCAAGGCCACCUCUUCAGCUGAAUUCAUAAAAGGAUCAGAUAAGUGGAUAAGCUUAGCAAGUCCAUGGAUCAUCCUUAUUUGCUGUCGGCUACUUCGAUCCUUGAAUCAGACAGGUGUCCAGUGGGCUCAUCGGCCAGACUUUGGACAUUGGUUGACAAGCUCUGAGCAUAAAUCUGAACUCUCCUUCUUGGCUGCAGUCUCCUUACUUAUGAUCUUCUUUCUGGUUCAAAGAAGAUCGUCCCUGGUUUCAAAAAUUGCUAUGGCACUUGGGCUCCUGGGAGUCUACAGUUACCGGGCAGCUAUUGGAAAUGUCAUAUUUCCAUGGCAACGUGACAGCAAAGAUAUUUCAAAGGGGAUUACUGAAGCUCGUUUUGUUUAUGUCUUUGUUCUUGGCAUAGUCUUCACUGGCACUAAAGAUUUACUAAAGUCACAGGUUAUUUCUGCAGACUCCAGUGUGAAGAGUACAGGAUUAUGGGAAGUGUAUAGUGGAUUGGUUCUACUAGCAGCCCUUCUAUUUAGACCUCACAAUUUACCAGUCUUGGUGUUUUGUCUGCUGAUUCAGACAAUGAUGACAAAAUAUAUCUGGAGACCUUUGAAAUUUGAUGCAGCACAGAUUACUAUCAUGCACUACUGGUUUGGCCAAGCUUUCUUCUAUUUUCAGGGAAAUUCAAAUGGCAUUGCUACUGUGGAUGUUUCGGCAGGUUUUGUGGGACUAGAAAGCUAUGUGGAGAUACCAGCUAUCUUCCUUACAGCAUUUGCAACAUAUGCAGGACCUUUGCUUUGGGCCAUUCAUCUGCUGUGCUACUUGAGUUCUGAAGUUAGCAG